UCCGCUCACCAGGCACUACGUCUGAUCACGUGUGUAUAGAGAUAUACCAGACUAUCUGAGAGAAAUCGGCAUUCAAUAUGGUGGUUAUAGAAAAUAUGUUGUCUCUUUAAAUGAACGAAAUUCUGAGGAAACUGGAAAUAUUGAUGGAAAACAGAAAGGAAAUGUCAGAACAAGCGUCUAGUGAAAAUGCCCCUUUGAAAAUUUCUGUAGACACCACAGACACACUGGAUUUGACACCUGACAGUAUUUCUGAGGAAAGGGAACCGGAAACAAAACGGCCGCCUUUUCAGAUAGUAUGGCGGAACGCAGUAAUAAUGGUGUCACUACAUCUGGCCGGAAUAUACGGCGUAUAUCUCAUACCAAAAGCCAAAAUAUCCACACUUGUUUGGGCUUAUAUACUUUAUUUAUGCGGAGGGCUCGGUAUAACUGCUGGUGCUCACAGGCUCUGGGCUCACAGGUCUUAUAAAGCGGAACUGCCUAUGAGGAUUUUACUUGCUAUAUUUAACUCACUGGCUUUUCAGAAUGACGUCAUCGAAUGGGCACGUGAUCACAGAGUUCAUCAUAAAUUUUCCGAGACAGAUGCUGAUCCCCAUAAUGCAAAGCGCGGGUUCUUUUUUGCACAUGUUGGGUGGUUAUUAGUACGGAAACACCCGGAUGUUAAAAGAAAGGGCAAGCUUCUGGACAUCUCAGAUCUCCUCAAAGAUCCUGUUCUUCGUUUUCAACGGAGGUUUUAUCUUCCAUCUGUGAUAUUGAUGUGUUUUCUAAUGCCGACGAUUGUACCGGCGUAUUGUUGGGGCGAAUCUCUUGUCAACGCUUACUUUAUUUGUGCAACAUUAAGAUAUAUAAUCACAUUAAAUUUCACAUGGCUCGUGAACAGUCUGGCACAUAUGUGGGGAAUGAGGCCGUACGAUGUCCGCAUUAAUCCAGCUGAAAAUGCGUUCGUUGCUUUGGUGAGCGCUGGCGAAGGUUUCCACAACUACCACCAUACCUUCCCGCAUGAUUACUCAACAUCAGAAUUUGGCUGGCGUUUGAAUUUUACAAAAUUUUUCAUUGAUAUUUGUGCAGCUUUACACCUAGCGCGUGACCUGAAGACUAUUCCAAAAGAAAUUGUUGAACAAAGACGUCGGAGAACAGGAGAUAAAAGUCUUACCAAACCAGUCAACUCUCUCCAGUAGGAGAUAAAAGUCUUACCAAACCAGUCAACUCUCUCCACCAGUAGGAGAUAAAAGUCUUACCAAACCAGUCAACUCUCUCCAGUAGGAGAUAAAAGUCUUACCAAACCAGACAACUUUCUCCAGUAGGAGAUAAAAGUCUUACCAAACCAGUCAACUCUCUCCAGUAGAUAUUUCAUGUUACCAUGGUGCUACAUUGUUGCUGUUUUAUUUCCAAGUGUAUAAGUGAAACAAAGUGUUCAUAACUUUAAUACUAGUUAAUAAAGUGUGUAGAUAUGUUUAAUGUCAAAGUAGUAAUUUUACGAUUUUUGCCUCUCUUGAAAUUUUAGCCUCUUCCAAAAAAUUGUUGAAAGUUUAAAUAUUGCUCUCUAUUUGAUGUGGAUGAUAUAUUUCUAAAAUAAUACAAUGUACAUACUUCUUGGGGGACUGCCCAUCAGACACAGAUUUCUUGAAGACAUACUGUUUGAGGAUAUAUCAGAAACAGACUUCUGGAUGACCGCCUAUCAGAUAUUUACUUCGUGUGGAAAGCCUAUCAGAUGCACACUUCUUGUGGACCACCCAUCAUUUUGUUAGCAGAAAGCAGAAAUGAUUCUUGUGAAUUUCAAUUGAAAUAUUACAUAAUUAUAUUCGGCUAAUAAUGUAUAGGUGAAAAAAAAAUAUGUAUAUACAUGUAUAAGCAUCGGUGUUUUUCUGAAGGAUUAUUGAUAACUUUGAGUGUAAGAUAUAAAGAAUAGACAAUAACGAACGGACAAGAUUUACUUUUAUAUUUAAUGUGUACAAUAACUUUAAAAUUAAUUACAAGAUAUAUGUCAUCUGCAGUAGUACUGUCUGGAAAAGUAAACCAUUAGAUACACCACUUAACACAUUUCAAAGAACGACUGUCCGUCAGUUCUAAAAAUCUCGUACCCGAAACAAAUGGAACCUAAUAAAGAUAUUUUUAAUUAAAUGUUAGGAUAAUGGCAUAUUUUUAUCAUUAAAGCUUAGUUAAUCAUUAAAAUAUUUUGCUUCUGGAAUUGUUUUUAUUUAUGUUAUGAGACACUUGUAUAGUACCCACGACGAGAAACAAAUGUUAUUGUAUUUACAAUAUCUAGAUGAGAAGUUGUCGUUCAUAAAUUUGACAUAGAUUUUAUCACUCCUUUGGAAGUA